UUUUUGGGGGGGUGUAAAGGCGGGAGGCUGUGCUGUGCCCACUCUCCUGACAGUCAGGCGUGUUACCUCAGGAACAUGGUGUAGGGAAAGAUAACCCAAAAUUCAAAUCCAAGAGACACCAGCCUGAAGACCAUGGUCUCGAAGCUGAGUCAUCUUCAAGUGGAGCUGCUGGGAGCGCUGCUGGAGUCGGGGCUAACCAAGGAGACCCUGAUCAAGGCGCUGAGCGAAGUGGAACCCUAUGUACUCCAGAGUGAAAGUCAGCGCGCUAUCAAUGCCCUCCAGACAGAGAAAGGGGAACCCUGUCCCGACAUCCCCAACCUCCCCAACGGAAUGGGGGAGUCCAGGUUAUCGGAAGAUGAAACCUCUGAUGACGGGGAAGAAUUUACCCCUCCAAUAAUGAAGGAGCUGGAAAAUUUGAGCCCUGAGGAGGCUGCUCACCAGAAGGCUGUGGUGGAAAGACUAUUACAAGAGGAUCCGUGGCGAGUAGCAAAGAUGGUGAAAUCCUACCUCCAGCAGCACAACAUCCCUCAGCGUGAGGUGGUGGACACUACUGGUCUGAACCAAUCUCACCUCUCGCAACACCUCAACAAGGGCACUCCCAUGAAGACCCAAAAAAGGGCAGCCCUCUACACCUGGUAUGUCCGCAAGCAGCGAGAGGUGGCCCAGCAAUUCACACAUGCUGGCCAGGGUAUCCUGACAGAGGAGCCCAUGGGAGAUGACCUGCCCACAAAGAAGGGAAGAAGAAACCGCUUUAAGUGGGGUCCUGCCUCACAACAGAUCCUGUUCCAAGCCUAUGAGAGACAGAAAAACCCCAGCAAAGAAGAGAGAGAGGCACUGGUGGAAGAGUGCAACAGAGCAGAAUGUAUUCAGAGAGGUGUUUCCCCAUCUCAGGCCCAGGGACUGGGCUCGAACCUGGUGACAGAGGUCAGAGUUUACAACUGGUUUGCCAAUCGCAGGAAGGAGGAGGCUUUCCGGCACAAGCUGGCCAUGGACACCUUCAGCGGACCACAGCCCACCUCUGCUCCUCCUCUAACUCCUCACAACUCUUCCUCCCUCCAGCCACCAUCUGCUCUCUCACCCAGUAAAGUUCACGGAGUGAGGUACAACCAGCAGCCAGCCAGCGAGGCAGAGUCCUCCAGCAGCAACCACCAUGGGAACAGCUCCAUGGUGACCACCCAAACCAUUCUGCAUCAGGUUUCUCCCCCUGGACUGGAGCCCAGCCAGAACCUACUGAGCACAGACACUAAGCUGGUCUCAGCUCCUGGAGGAACUCUCCCUCCUGUCAGCACCCUGACUGCCUUGCACAGCCUAGAGCAAAAUCCACAUGCACUGAGCCAGCAAACUCAGAACCUUAUCAUGGCAUCACUGCCGGGUGUAAUGGCAAUUGGAGCUGGUGAGACCUCAUCCCUAGCACCAGCAUUCACCAACACAGGUGCCUCCACCCUGGUGAUAGGCCUGGCCUCAACCCAGCCCCAGAGUGUACCUGUAAUAAACAGUAUGGGGAGCAGCCUCACUACCCUGCAGCCUGUCCAGUUCUCCCAGCAACUGCACCCAUCCUACCAGCAGCCCCUCAUGCAGCAGGUCCAGAGCCACAUCAACCAGAGCCCCUUCAUGGCUACCAUGGCCCAGAUACAGAACCCUCACGCUCUCUACGGCCCCAAGUCUGAAGUGGCCCAAUACACACAUACAGGCCUCUUACCACAAACCAUGGUGAUAACAGACACAGCCAAUCUCAGCGCCCUGACUAACCUGACACCAACUAAACAGGCAUUCACAUCUGACUCAGAGACUCACACAGAGUCUGGGAUGCAUACGCCAGUGUCACAGGCGCCAACGAUACAUUUACAGAACCAAGACACAACCAUCCAGCACCUUCAGCCAGGUCCUCGCCUCACCUCAAGCCCUGCUGUGUCCUCCAGCAGCCUGGUGCUGUACCAAAGCUCUGACGCCGCCAACAGCCACAGUCAGCUGCUGCCAUCCACUCACAAUGUCAUUGAGACCUUCAUCUCCACGCAGAUGGCAUCCUCCACUCAGUAA